GCUUCUCCUGUCGACUCUUUCUCACUCACUGGGGAGCCUGGCUGUGGCGGCACCUUCGGAGGUAGAGCAGCACAGCCGCGAGCCCGCCGGUCAGCCAGUGCAAGGUCGGACAGACUGACGGCAGAGCCGACGGACGGACAGCGGGGUAGCCAGACGGCCCGAGUCGCUUCAAGUUCCACCAUGAGCUGGGGCACGGAGCUGUGGGAUCAGUUCGACAGCUUAGACAAGCAUACACAAUGGGGAAUUGACUUCUUGGAAAGAUACGCCAAAUUUGUGAAAGAGAGGAUAGAAAUUGAACAGAACUAUGCGAAACAAUUGAGAAAUCUGGUUAAGAAGUACUGUCCCAAACGUUCCUCCAAAGAUGAAGAGCCAAGGUUUACCUCGUGUAUAGCCUUUUUUAACAUCCUUAACGAGUUAAAUGACUAUGCAGGACAACGAGAGGUGGUAGCAGAAGAAAUGGCGCACAGAGUUUAUGGUGAAUUAAUGAGAUAUGCUCAUGAUCUGAAAACUGAAAGAAAAAUGCAUCUUCAAGAAGGACGAAAAGCUCAACAAUACCUUGAAAUGUGCUGGAAACAGAUGGAUAAUAGUAAAAAGAAAUUUGAAAGAGAAUGUAGAGAGGCAGAAAAGGCACAACAGAGUUAUGAAAGAUUGGAUAAUGAUACUAAUGCAACCAAGGCAGACGUUGAAAAGGCUAAACAGCAAUUGAAUCUGCGUACACAUAUGGCUGAUGAAAAUAAAAAUGAAUAUGCUGCACAAUUACAAAACUUUAAUGGAGAACAGCACAAGCAUUUCUACGUGGUGAUUCCUCAGAUUUACAAGCAACUACAAGAAAUGGAUGAACGAAGGACUGUUAAACUCAGUGAGUGUUACAGAGGAUUUGCAGACUCAGAACGCAAAGUUAUUCCUAUCAUUUCAAAGUGUUUGGAAGGAAUGAUUCUUGCAGCAAAAUCAGUUGACGAAAGAAGAGACUCUCAAAUGGUAGUAGACUCCUUCAAGUCUGGAUUUGAGCCUCCUGGAGACUGUCCGUUUGAAGAUUACAGUCAGCAUAUUUAUAGAACCAUUUCUGAUGGGACUAUCAGUGCAUCCAAACAGGAAAGUGGGAAGAUGGAUGCCAAAACCACAGUAGGAAAGGCCAAGGGCAAGCUGUGGCUCUUUGGAAAGAAGCCAAAGCCACAGUCCCCACCCUUAACCCCUACUAGUUUAUUCACAUCCAGUACUCCUAAUGGGUCCCAGUUUCUCACAUUCUCCAUUGAGCCCGUGCAUUAUUGUAUGAAUGAAAUAAAAACAGGGAAGCCCAGAAUUCCUUCUUUCAGAAGCCUCAAAAGAGGGUGGUCGGUGAAGAUGGGCCCAGCACUAGAAGAUUUCAGUCAUCUGCCACCAGAACAGAGGCGUAAAAAACUACAGCAGCGCAUCGAUGAACUUAACAGAGAACUACAAAAAGAAUCAGACCAAAAAGAAGCACUCAAUAAAAUGAAAGAUGUGUAUGAGAAAAAUCCACAAAUGGGGGAUCCUGGGAGUUUGCAGCCUAAAUUAGCGGAGACCAUGAAUAAUAUUGACCGCUUGCGAAUGGAAAUCCACAAGAAUGAGGCUUGGCUCUCUGAAGUUGAAGGCAAAACAGGUGGGAGAGGAGACAGAAGACAUAGCAGUGACAUAAAUCAUCUUGUAACACAGGGACGAGAAAGUCCUGAGGGAAGUUACACUGAUGAUGCAAACCAAGAAGUCCGUGGGCCACCCCAACAGCAUGGUCACCACAGUGAGUUUGAUGAUGAAUUUGAAGAUGACGAUCCCUUGCCUGCUAUUGGACACUGCAAAGCUAUUUACCCUUUUGAUGGACAUAAUGAAGGUACUCUGGCAAUGAAAGAAGGCGAAGUUCUAUACAUUAUUGAAGAGGACAAAGGUGAUGGGUGGACAAGAGCUCGGAGACAGAACGGCGAAGAAGGCUAUGUUCCCACAUCAUACAUAGAUGUCACUCUAGAGAAAAACAGUAAAGGUGCAGUAACUUACAUCUAAACUAACCAGGCAGCUUGUGACAUGUAUGGCAUAGGGACGGUAACAGAAAAUGCAAACAUUCAACGGGUGGGGAAACAUAAGAAAACUUAAAGAGCAUCCAAGAUUUAUUGUUCACUAUGUGAGCUGAAUAUAGGCGUAAUCUUGGAGAUGUGAAUAUUACUGCAAGAAACUGUUCUUCUCGAUGCUUUACCAUGUGAAUGAUUGGUGUGAAGCUAAAUUGAUGCCUUUUGCUUUAUGUCCUGCUUAAGUCUGUGUGAAGGAUUUGUGUUUUUCUGCCUUAUUAAUCAUAGAAUUUGAUAUAUUAGGCAGGAAUCCAUAGAUAAAAGUUCCCCAGCUCUACCGUUCCCUGCCCCCCCCCGCCCCCCCCCCCACACACACAUACACGGCUUCAGAAAACACAGUGACUGUAGUGAAUUGAAAUAAGUAAAACUGCUCUGAAAGCUGACUCCCAAAAGAGUGGUGUGGUAUAGGAGUUCGAAUUUAGCUAGUUUCCAAGAAGAAAAGUAAUAGUUGGCUAAUUGGAUAAAAAGGAAUAUAACCAUUUUCAUUUUCCUCCCUGUUCUUAACUUCAGUUUUCCUAAAAGAAGAAAAUAAGUACCUGGCAUAAAAUCUAUUUUAGUAGUAAGCGAAUCAAGAGACCUGCAAAAUAAAUCAACCUGGUCUAGCUUUUACGUGAAUAAAAUGGCUUUCUUUUGAGACCUGAAAAUAUUUUCAGGCUUACCAGUAAUUUUCAGUAAUGUAUAAGCUUCCUUCUAAGUUAAUCUAAUACUUGUAUUUUUUAUCUUAGACAUAUCUUGGGAAAUAUCACUUUAGUGAUUAUUUAGCAUUUAAUAAUUAUACACAGGAAAAUAGGUUCUAAAUAGACUAAGAUAGAAAGUAAAUCUUGAAUGGAGGAGAAGUACUGGCACAUUAUACUUUGAAAAGAAAAACAGCUUUUGACUGGGUUGGAGGAAGAUAUCUCUCUACCACCAUUUAGGGCAUUUCCUCAUUGUAGCUGAAUCAUCAAUUAGGAUAGAUUGGUUUUUUCCAGUUAAUUUCAGGAAACAUUUACUGGUCACACUGUACGAUCAAGGAUUGUGCAGAUACAGUUGUGUGGGGAAGUGAAGUGAGGAAGUGAGCUCUCAGAGAUUGGUUUUUAAUUUUGCUCGUGUUCCAAAUUUUUCUGGUGUUUUCAAUAGCUAACUAUAGAAUGAUUAUAGAGACAUUUGGGAUGGACACUUGAAACUGAACACCCCUUUUGGACUUACCAAAGGUCUUCAGUAAUUGUUCUUUUCUUUUUCCUCCUGGACUGCAGGUUCCUGAAGAGGGUUUCUGAGGAAAUGGGCAAGAUGUUGAAGGAGGUUACAUGCAGCUGCUUUUGGGGGGAGGGUAUUAGAGUUGUCAGGCGCAAAGAGAGAGUGAGAGAAGCAAGUUGCAUGGGUGCAUGCAGACAUGAUUAUUUUUUACUAACUUCAUUAGCAUUUCCAUACAUUGUUUUAAAAAAAUCAUUGUAAUACCAGUCCUUAAAUUCCCUUUUCACAGUUAUUUACAUGAAGGGGAAAAAAGCCAACAAUGGCUAACUUUUUCCAUUUAUUUUACUGAUCUCCAAAUCAGAAAGAAUGCAGAGCUGUCAUUAAGUGUGUCUUCCAUUUGGCUGUCCCCAGGACCGUCUCCAUCCCAGCUCUGUUUUAAUUGGCUGUUAGACCCAUCGUCUGUGAGAAUCCUUGCCAUUUGUCAGUGUCUGCCUGUGCCACCUCUGUGCUUGCGUAACAUCCUGUUGCAUGUCUAGAGUGAUCGGGCUAGAUUUUUCAGGCAUGUCUAAUUCCUUGUUCUUGUCAAAGCCUUUGUUUUGUUUUACAUUUGUAGUGCAAGUCCCUUUGUCAAACAUGUCCAGCACUAAUGUUUCCAUCCUAGUGUUUGUGUAUGCUGCUAUAACUUCCCCACUGCAAACAUUCCAGUUGUGGCAUUCUGAAGACGUAGUUUCUGAACCUGAAGUAUUUAUGAUAAGAAAAAGAAAACAUCUCUGCUCUAGCCUACAGCCCAGUUGAAAGAACUCUUUGAAACGUGAUCCAUCUUCAGCACCUCAGUCUGGGAAGAAUCUAUAGUCAGCACUGAAAUCCUGGCAUAAUAAACAUAGAAGAUACUCACCACCUCAAGACAAAGGACUAUUGUCAGAAGUCAGCUGCUUCCAUUCAAACGCUGCCUUAAACUAGAGUGCCUAAAUCUGUUGAUUGCCAACACUACCACUGCAGUGUCCCACAAGGGCUUUAGGUGUCAGCUCAGUGCGACCUCCUUUCACUCGGCAGGGCUGCUGCAGCUGCCCGCGGAGCCUCGGUAGGUGGCUGUUAGAGCUCUACCACGUUUGAUGGUGCAUCUUCUAAUUUAUGCAUCAAACUAAAGACAUGUUCGAGUCCAUUUUACUUAAUGUUUUUAUGAGAAGUUUUAUGGACCUCUCCCCCCCCAUUAUCUUUUAAUUGGGGUUACCAUGUCCUCAUUUUAUUAUUACAAUGAUAGUCUGUUUCCAAGUGAUGCUUUUGUUUGAACCAGAUAAAAUUUAGUGAAACUUUGUAAUGAUCUAUGUGCACUUUUACUUGUAAAAUGGGAAUUUCUGUAUGUUUAUAGUUGUAAAUAUAAUUGUCGUUAGUGCCCUGUUGCUCAUGUUGUCCUGCCUCGCAUUUGUGGUUCUGUUAAUGACUUGUAUCUUAACUAAUUUCUUAGUGGUGUUUUAAUAGGGAGGUGGGUGGGGGCGGGGGGGGGCUGUUUGUACGAACGGAAGCUUCAUUAAUUUGGUUCUUUACUGUUUUGAGGGACGAAAGAGAACGUGAAAUGGUCUGUGUAUUGUUGGAUUUUAAGCAAUAUUUUAGAAGCUGUGUGACUGCUUUAAUCAUUUUUUCCCAGUGUUAUUUGAAUCGUACUGCCAGUUAUACUAAAGCUAAAUGACAAUUGUGUGAAACUUAAUGCCUUCAUAAGAUCAAGUAUGCCCCCGUUACACAGCUGACGUAUAGUGUAUUACUUUUGAGGCUAGUAAACUAUAAAGUUUAGAUUUUGAAUCUCGUUACAGGGUUAUUUAUAUAAUGUGACAUUAUUCAAUACUGACAGGCUACAUGAAGUAGUUUUGAAUCCUAGUGCAGUUUGUAUUUUAAAGGUUAGCCAUGAGGAGGAAAUGUGAUAUGGCUGUGUUUGUCUUCUGUACAAAGCCUGAAGUGCUUGUGUUUUGUUGGCUAGCAGCCACAGAGGGCAAAGUUUAAGGUUGUCUUGUGAGGACUAACUGUUCUUUUCAAGCUACUGUUUGUUUUUCUAAAAGCAGGAUUUGCUUCCGUAGGAGGCAAGUUCCUUCACGUGGAAUAGUGCAACCUGUAUAUGGGUUAUUUUAAUAGGGAAGACAUUUGUACUUCCACAGUUUAAAUCAUUCUUAAAUCAUUCUUAAAUUUUGAACAUGUGAAUUGUCCAAAAGAAAUCUUUAAUUUUUCAGUGAUUUUUACUCUUUUUGUGCACAUGUUGAUUUCUUAAUGGUAAAUGCUUUGUUUAAGAUAGUGUUCUCUGUUGAGAAUAUUUUCAUGGAAUAAAAAAAUCUUUUCAUGG